ACACCACUCAUCACUCUGUAGUGGAUACACACACAUACACACACACACACACACCUAAGAACCAAAAUGAAAGUUCCGGAGUUCGCUUUUUUGUUAUAAAGUUGCCGUUUAGUUUAAGUCGCGUUUUGUUCGGCUUCAUUUGUCGCUUACAGUCAGCUGGUGUUGUUAAUUCGGUUAGCCAGCCAGCCAGCUAACUAACUAACUAACUAACUAACUACUAACUAACUAGACCAAAGUCCACAGAGUUGGCUGUUGUAUUCUGUGACGUUAGACGCGUUAGAAGCGUCCAGGAGCGCAUUAGCAGGUAAAUUACACUGGUCAUUAUUUCGCCGUUAUGAUUCCUGAAUUUCCGUCUCGGACCAUCUGCAGCCGGGGGCAGGAAGGCGUUCAGAACCGCUCCGGGUUACUGUGUGACAUCCACAGCGGGAUCAAGAGAGAGAUGUUCACUGACUAUUACACUCUCAUCCCGGGGAAAGAGCUGGGCAGGGGGAAGUUUGCAGUGGUGAAGAAGUGUGUUGAGAGGAACACUGGUCGAGAAUAUGCUGCCAAGUUCAUGAGGAAGAGGCGAAAGGGCCAGGACUGCAGAGCAGAGAUCAUUCACGAGAUUGCUGUUCUGGAGCAGGCAUCAUCCUGCCACCGAGUGAUCAACCUGCAUGAGGUCUACGAGAUGCCCAGCGAGAUGGUGCUUGUUCUAGAGUUUGCUGCCGGUGGAGAGAUCUUCAACCGGUGUGUGGCAGAGCGGGACGAGGCCUUUAAGGAGGAAGAUGUGAAGCGGCUGAUGAGGCAGAUCCUGGAAGGCGUAGGGUUUCUUCAUAAGAACAACGUGGUUCAUCUGGAUCUGAAGCCACAGAACAUUCUUCUGACCAGUGACGAUCCUCUUGGGGAUAUUAAGAUCGUGGACUUUGGCCUCUCAAGGAUGAUGAGCAGUAAUCAGGAAAUCAGAGAGAUCAUGGGCACACCUGAGUAUGUUGCCCCAGAGGUUCUUAACUAUGAGCCCAUUAGCACAGCCACUGAUAUGUGGAGUAUCGGUGUCCUUGCCUACGUGAUGCUGACUGGUAUGUCUCCAUUUCUCGGUGCCGACAAGCAGGAAACCUUUCUCAACAUCUCUCAGAUUAAUGUCAGCUACGCCGAGGAGGAACUGGAGCGGCUGGACAAGGCGGCCACCCACUUCAUCAAGUCUUUGCUCAUCAAAGAGCCUGAGGAUCGUGCCACCGCAGAGGAGUGCCUGAAACACCAGUGGCUACUGACACAGGAGACAGAGUCCUCAGAGGAAAAGGGAAAGAACACGGUCUCCUCCAUCCCUGAGCCAGUCAGCACAGCUGUCUCCACUCAGCACACUGACAAGGAUGUAGAGGAGGAAAGCAGACUGAAGGAGGAGCUCAUCGUCAUGGCAGCCUACACUCUAGGCCAGUGCAGGCAGUCCUCAGACAAGGAGAGCCUGACCCCAGAGCAGAAGGCCAUCUCAAAGCGCUUCAAAUUUGAAGAGCCUUUCACAGGCCUGCAGGAGGUGCCGGGAGAAUUCAUCUACUAAACUGCACAAUGGCCAGCCAGCCACUAAGCUCCACCUAACUCUGCACUUCUGACAAGUUGUUUGUUUUUGUUUUAGCCAAACUGUAUUUUCGUUUUUAUUUUGUAUGUUCGUGUUCCUAUGUUGUUGUUUUUUUUGCCAUUUUAAUAUUAUGGAUUAUAUUAUUAAAGGCUAAGCAUUUGUAUGGUACUUAUUUGCUCACUUUUGUGUGGUGUUUUCCUCCCUGCAUGUAGUUUAUCACCUCUCUCUUCUAUACAGCUCCUUGUCCUUGUUUUCCCUGUUUUCUUUUUUCAUUUCAUGAUAUUUUCUUUACCGUUUUGUUAAAUGUGUAUGUUUGUGCAGGGGCAGCACAGGGCUUUUGGAAUUAUAUGUAAAUUAAACUUAUUUUAAAGAGUUAUGUUUGUACUUUUUUAAAAAGCCAUGUUGCGUGUUCACAUCCUGACUGAUCGGCUGUUCAUGGGGUGAUAAUCCAUAGAUAUUACAUUUUCCACAUUUCCUUUUUGAAUGUCCAGUCAUUGUGAAUUGGUCAGUGUAAAGAGUAUUUCUUCUGAAUAACAACAUGCUCGAUGGUGAUUGUCCUGAUGUAAAUAAAAGUUCCUCUUGAAGAA